AUGAGUCAAGAUAAAAAUUCAUUAGAUUAUGAAUCCAACUCAAAUUCUUCUACUCAACUUGAACAUAUAAUGAUAAGUUACAGUCAUAAACAGAAAGAAAUUGCAUUCAACCUUACAAAACAUUUAAAAGAAAAAGGAUAUAAGGUAUGGUUUGAUCAAGACAAUAUGAAAUAUGCUGUAAAUACAUUUAGAAGUUUGGCUGAAGCCGUAGAAAAAUCUUAUGCUGUAUGUAUUAUAUAUUCCGAAAAUUAUAAAAACAGUGAAUAUGCUGAAAUGGAAGCAACAUAUGCAGUUUGUUCGAAAAAACCAAUUAUUUGUUUACGUGCACAACGUGAUUAUAAACCAAAAGGUUGGCUAGGUUUUAUAACUGCCCGAGAAAACCAUAUUGAUAUUUCUGGAAAGUAUCCAUUUGAUGAAUCAUUGCAGUUGAUCAUAAAUAGUUCUCGAUUUAAUUUUGACGUGAUUUUUGAAAACACGGAAGAAUGUUACGCGCCUAGCAACAAACAACCUCCAAACUUAACUGACAAUGUUUGA